UGUUGUAACGAUGGCUAAUUCAGUGUGUUUAGUGUCUUCUAAUUAAUAACUAUGAGAACCUCAACGAUGAAUAAGCAAACCGUUUCGCUAGUUCUAACUAUUCUGCUCGGUUGCUGCUACGCGGGUGAUUCACACUGCCCAGAAGUCAACGAUCCGGAAAACGUACUUCAUUUUCCACAUCCGACUGACUGCAGUAAGUUCCUAACCUGCAAUUGGGGAAGCUUAGUUGAGCAGCGGUGUCCGGAUCCUCUACUGUGGAAUGACGAUAAGAAGUAUUGUGAUCAUGCUUUUAACGUGAACUGCGAUGGAUUGGUAACCACUACGAAAGCUGCUGUUACUGGUACUGCAGUCGCGCCGGGAUCCACAUCAGCAACCACUUCAACAAACGCCCCAAAUGGUAACAAGUGCCCUGAAACACAUGAUCCAGAUCAGCCGAUAUUUUUACCGCAUACUGACUGCAACAAGUUCUACAUAUGUAGCUGGGGUGGCGUUUCUCUAGAGCUGAAGUGUCCACCGGGACUUCACUGGAACGUAAAUCAAAACUAUUGUGAUUACCCGGAACUGGCGGGGUGUGCUGUCGGAUCAACUGUAGUCUCAACGGAAAGUACUACCGCGGUUCUACCGCUGUGAGUGCGUAAGCGUUAACUGACAUCUUUACGUUGUAAGUUAGUGUAGAAUGUAGUAUUUAUUGAUUAAUCAAAAAAAUUGAACCCGAUUCGGUCGUGUAA